AUGAUCCUCAUCGCUUUGAGCGGCUUGGUCCGUCGUGCUGCAAUGGGCGGCGGCGAGGAGUAUGCCUUCAUCAACCUGGGCAGGACCCCGGAUAGCGAGCAGGUCAGCGUGAAGCUGAAGGAGAUGGCUGAGUUGCUGGGGCAAAUGGAACUUCAGGACCGCGCCAUCAUGGCCCAGUUUGUAACACUGCACUUGGAGCUCUGUUUAAUGAAGAUCGUAAAGAUGACCGAGCUUGAAAAAGCUUUGGACACAUUGGCGGUCUUUGACACUAGGCGCAUCACCAGCUUCAUGACCAUGUUGUCUGCGGAAGUUUUGUACGACCGCGCUGACUUCAAAUAUGGCACCCGCGUGAGUUCGCAGUCUUUUUCCCAGAUUCCUGCCAAGAAGUAG